AUGGAUUCGCCGCUUGUCACGCAACUCUUCCGCCAACUAUUCUCACACCGUGCGUCGCAAUGCCUUGCCCGUGGAGCUCGACCAGCCCUUGCAGCUGCCCGCCCACCACUAAUACAACGUCGGGGGAAAGCCACACGACUAGGUGAGGGGGACACGAAGAGGGAGAGCAGAUGGACACCCAGAAAGAAUGCUUUCCCGCAUGAGAGGACAGAGGAGUUUGAAAGAUACCCAACGGUCACGGCGGACAUGCUGCGGAGUAGGAGAGAGAGGCCGCGGAGAGUCAAGAUGCUCCUGCGCGACUUUAUAGAAGACAGCCUAUACAACCCAAACUACGGCUACUUCUCCAAACAAGUCGUCAUCUUCUCUCCCGGCGACCCCUUCAAUUUCAAUGCCCUCUCCUCUGAACACGCCUUCUUCCAGCAACUCCGCCACCGCUACACCGCGUUCGAAGAUGCACUCGACUAUCAAGAACCCAACGAUCUGCGCCAGCUCUGGCACACUCCCACUGAGCUCUUCUCCCCAUACUACGGUGAAGCUAUUGCCCGCUACCUCGUCGAGGACUACAAGUACAACUUCUACCCUUACCAUGACUUGAACAUAUAUGAGAUGGGCGCAGGCAACGGCACCAUGAUGCUAAACAUAUUGGAUUUUAUAAGGGAUGGGCAUCCAGAGGUUUAUGAGCGAACAAAGUAUAAGGUCAUUGAGAUUUCGUCUCAGUUGGCGGAUUUACAGCAAAAAGGAUUGGGAUACUCGGCGUAUGCUCGCGGACACUCAGAUAAAGUGGAAAUCGUCAACCGGAGUAUAUUCGACUGGAACACGUAUGUGAGCUCGCCGUGCUACUUCCUCGCCUUGGAAGUAUUUGACAACUUCGCCCACGACGCACUAAAAUACGACUUCGAAACCGGGGCGCCGUACCAAUCCCACGUCGUCAUCGAUCCGCGCGGCGAACUCUUCGAAUACUAUUCCCGCACGCUCGAUCCCGUCGCCUUGCAAUUCCUCGAACGCCGACACGCAUCGUGCAAAUCGUACCCACACCCCUUGAACGGCUCAAGGGUCAUGCAGAACUUGAGGAGUCUGGUCCCAUGGAGGUCGAAUUUGAGCACACCGGAGUAUAUACCGACGAGACUGAUGCAGUUCUUCUACAUGUUAUAUGAGAAGUUUCCGAAUCAUAAACUAAUUAGUAGUGAUUUCCACAAGUUGGGGGAGACAGUGGAAGGGUUGAAUGCGCCAGUUGUACAGACGAGGUAUAAAAGGCAGAUGAUUCCUGUUACUACGCCUCUUGUAAGUCUCCCAAAUUUGCCCGUCCACCAAGGCUACUUCGACAUCCUUUUCCCCACAGACUUUGAAGUUAUGGAGCCCAUGUAUACAGCGAUAACAGGACGCUUCGCGCGCACAUACCUACAUGAAGACUUCAUGGCCGGUAGAGCGAAUAUCGCAGAGACGAGUACAAAGAAUGGGGAUAAUCCGCUAUUGAGCUGGUAUAAGAACGCGAGUGUUAUGAUUACCUUGUAG